CUCUUAUCGGCAGCGGAUUGCGUGAUAUUGCGCAAGAUGUACGUGCUUGUGCCGAGCCGAUUCACCCAGCCGACCGCGUGUACCCAGAGCAAGGUAUCUGAUCCCUUUAGGACAAUUCUACGGGCUCGGUAGACAUAUAAGGUCCAAGCAACAUGCCUACCAAAGGGACCUACUCUCGGAGGACAACAUCUCUUACCAUCCUCAGCGACCUUUAUUUGCCCAUUUCCGACCGCCCAAAUCCUGUACAGCCUAAGCAAGCAUGGCGCCGACCGCGACGUUGCCCGUCAACUCACACUCACCAGUCACUGACGGCUUCAUUGAUGAUUCCACGAUCAAAAGCCAGAACUCUGAACCACUGAAAAAGAGUGGUGCGCUGGACAACGUCUUCGAUUUUGACGAGGUGAGUCCAGCCAUUGGGCGAGAGUACCCAACGACCAACAUUGUCGACGACUUGUUGAACGCUCCCAAUGCCGACGACCUGCUCCGCGAUCUGGCUAUCACCAUCAGCCAGAGAGGCGUCGUCUUCUUUCGGAAGCAAGACAAUCUGACCAACGAGCUGCAAAAGACGUUCAUCCAGCGGCUGGGAGAAUUAAGUGGAAAGCCUUCGACAUCCACUCUACACGUUCAUCCCAUAUUGAAUAAUAGCAACGAGUUUGGCGUCGGUGACGACGAAGUCAGUACCAUUUCCUCGCUGCAGCGUAAGAAGUUGUUUGGAAACGAGGCUGUGAACAAGCGAAGAUACGACUCGGCGAAGUGGCACAGUGACAUUCAAUUCGAGACGUGUCCGGCCGAUUACACGAGUCUGAGGUUGGUACAGCUGCCCAAGACGGGAGGCGAUACUCUGUGGGCGUCAGGAUAUGACGUAUAUGACCGGUUUAGCAAGCCUUACCAGCAAUUCUUCGAAGGGCUCACAGCCACUUUUGUUGGCGAUGGGUUCAUCAAACUUGCGAACGCCGGGAAAGCCACGUUGUACGAUAAGCCGAGAGGCUCGCCGGCCAACGUGGGAGGGAAUCUGUCCACUGUUCACCCUGUCGUGAGGACGAACCCGGUGACAGGAUGGAAGAGCAUCUAUGCCAUUGGGUCAUUUCCGAAAUACAUCAAUGAGCUUGGUAGUGAAGAGAGCGACGAUUUGUUGAAGAAGUUUUAUGACACUAUUAUUAGCAACCAUGACUUGCAAGUCCGGUUCAAAUGGAGGAAUCCGAACGAUAUAGCUAUAUGGGACAAUCGCUCCGUGUUCCACUCCGCAACUUUCGACUAUGACGGUCUCGGCGAACGCUCUGGAAAUCGUGUCGUUGGUAUCGGAGAGAGGCCGUUCUUCGAUCCAGGUAGCAAAUCGAAGGCUGAAGCACUUGCUGCAGAAGAUGAUGGCGUGCUCUGAAGAUGGUGAAUGGCAACGUUGUGCUGCUGAAGAAUAGUUGAGGCCGCUGCAGCAGAAGGCGUGUGUCUGGCCAGUGUCGCCAGUCGUGGACGCCUUUGGAGACCAACAGGUCAGGACCGGGGCGCGAAUCGCCUCGGAUCGGUGGCGGACUUUGUAGUUCGAGCAACAUGUAGGGCGCUCUAUCCCUCGAGCUUGCAUAGACGGAUAGGAUGAUCUCUGUCCUCUUUCUGAACGGCAGUCAUGUCCUUCGAUAGACCGUGUGCAUUGAUGCGACGUAGCAGUAAGUGAUGUUCAUUCACUACUACUAAGUCAUCGACGUGUUGCGUC